CAUAUCUCGCAUCCGCUGAUAAACACAAUAUAAAUUUUUAACUUCUUGUUUAUUGUUCAACCAUGAAGGUUUUAUUUAUUUCCACUCUAGUUUUCAAUUAUUUUUACCUGACUCUGUCACAAAAAAAUGGUUUUUGCCCAAAAAUCACAACUGUAACGAAAAAAAAGUCUGUCCCUUAUUUUGUGACAAUCCGUGAGCCUUGCGGCAACCGCCCCCCACUCCGGUGCCCCCCAAAACGUGUCAGAAAGUACAAGACACAAACCUACUUAGAUAAAAUCACAACUAAAGAAUGUUGUAAAGGCUUCAUCCUUCUACCAAAUAAACUCGCUUGUGUUCCUUAUUGUUCCAAGAAAUGCACUAACUCUAGAUGCAUUCAACCAGAAACGUGUUUGUGCAACCCUGGAUAUUUAAAACACCCUAAAAAUAAGUACUGGUGCACCCCUAAAUGUUCCAAAGCUUGUAUCAAUGGAAAAUGCACAGCUCCGGAAACUUGUACUUGUAAUAACAAUUUCGUUAAAGAUUUGAAAAAUAAGUACCAGUGUAACCCAGCUUGUACUAAGCCUUGUCUCAAUGGAAAAUGCAUCAAACCUGAAACUUGUGCUUGUAAUACUGGUUAUGCAAAAGACGCUCAAAGCAAUUAUUUGUGUAAACCGACUUGUAGUAAAACUUGUACUAACGGUAAGUGUACAAGUCCAGAGACUUGUACUUGUAACCCCGGCUUUACACGAGAUACAAAAAACAAAUAUUUGUGCAACCCGACUUGUAAAACUGCUUGUAUUAACGGCAAGUGCUCAGGACCUGAGACUUGUACUUGUAAUCCCGGUUUUAUCAAAGAUUUAAAAAACAAAAACUUGUGUAAUCCAGUUUGCAAAAGUGCUUGUAUUAACGGUAAGUGCUCAAGACCCGAAAUUUGUACUUGUAAUACUGGUUUCAUCAAAGAUUUGAAAAAUAAAAAUCAGUGUAACCCGGCGUGUACUAAACCUUGUGUCAAUGGAAAAUGCAUUAAACCCGAAACUUGUGCUUGUAAUACUGGUUUCGUGAAAGACGGUCGAAGCAAUUAUUUGUGUAAACCAACUUGUAGUAAAACUUGUACUAACGGUAAGUGUACAAGUCCCGAGACUUGUACUUGUAACCCCGGCUUUACACGAGAUGCAAAAAACAAAUAUUUGUGUAACCCGACUUGUAAAACUGCUUGUAGUAACGGCAAAUGCUCAGGACCUGAGACUUGUACUUGUAAUCCCGGCUUUACCAAAAAUAUGAGUAACAAAUAUUUGUGUAACCCCGUCUGUAGCAAGACUUGUAUUAACGGCAAAUGCUCAGGUCCUGAGUCGUGCACUUGUAAUCCCGGUUUCACCAAAGACACAAGUAACAAAUACUUGUGUAAACCCGUUUGUACCAAGCCUUGUAUUAACGGCAAGUGCUCAGGUCCUGAGUCAUGCACUUGUAAUUACGGUUACGCUAAAGACGCUACGAAUAAAUACUUGUGUAACCCCGUUUGUAACCAAGCUUGUAUUAACGGUAAUUGCUCAGCUCCUGAGACGUGCACUUGCAACUCUGGUUACACCCUAGACGUUAAAAACAAAUAUGGUUGUAAUCCCGUCUGUUCCGAGUCUUGUAUUAACGGUAAAUGCGCAGCUCCUGAGUCAUGCCUUUGUAACCCUGGUUAUAAAAAAGAUGCAAAAAAUGUCUAUUGGUGUUAUCCAGUUUGUUCUAGUCCUUGUAUUAACGGUCAAUGCUCAGCUCCUGAGACUUGUACUUGUUAUCCCGGCUUUACGCCAGAUGCUCAGAACCGACACGUUUGUAACCCGACUUGUAACCAAACUUGUAUUAACGGCAAGUGCUCAUCUCCUGAGACAUGUUCCUGCGAUUUGGGUUACACCCCUGACGUGACAAAUAAAUACAAAUGUAACCCGGCUUGUAGUAAACCUUGUAUUAACGGGAAAUGUGACGCUCCUGAGACGUGCACAUGUAACCCGGGUUUUACAAGCGAUCCAAAAAAUCGUUUUAUAUGUAACCCGUCUUGUAACAAAACUUGUAUUAACGGCGAGUGCUCAGCACCUGAGACGUGUUCAUGUAACCAAGGUUUUGCCGUUAAUAGUGACAAUAAAUACGUUUGUAGCCCGGUUUGUAGUCAUGCUUGUGUUAACGGUCAAUGCUCAGCUCCUGAGACUUGUGCUUGUAACCCUGGUUACGUAACAGACACACUUGAUAAGUACUUGUGUAACCCGAUUUGUAACACGACUUGUAUUAACGGUAAAUGCUCAGGGCCUGAGUUUUGUACUUGUAAUCCCGGUUACGUUAAAAAUGACACAAGUGUUUGUACCCCACAUUGUAACAAUGAAUGUUUUAACGGUUAUUGUGACGCUCCUGAGACUUGUGCUUGUAAUAACGGUUACAAAAAUGUUGACAAUGUUUGCGUGUCUGUAACUAGCGAUGGACUACACGAGGGGAAAAGCUUAGUUACGUUACUUGGGUCGUUUAUGUUUCCGUUAAUUGGGUGUUCGCUCGUAUUAUUUGUAAUAAUUGUGAUUACAAUUGUUGUAAUCGUCAGGCGAAGGAAACAAAGGUUGAGGGCAAGAAUCGAGUAUCCACUCUACGAAAAUUUGAUCCGGAAUCCGGUCUUUAUCCUUGAUCCUCGAAGCUAAUAGUUUAAAAAUAAAUUUUUACGUCCGUAA